AUGGAAGAGGUGAAACCAGAAGAGGUCUGUCCUGAUAACAAGCAAUCAACUGCUGCUUCGAGCUCUUCUGUUUCCCAGGAUAGUGGCAGUGUUGCACUUAAGUCUCCUGGUAUAAGUAGUCCCAGAAAUAUAUCACCAUCUCAUAGGUCUGAAGUACAGUGCCUGCAUAGAUGGCAAAAGGUUCUUAAUCCAGAACUUGUUAAAGGUCCAUGGACUCCAGAGGAGGAUGAGAAAAUUGUGGAACUGGUAGCUAAAUAUGGACCUACAAAAUGGUCUGUUAUAGCAAAGUCAUUACCAGGUCGAAUUGGGAAACAAUGCCGUGAGAGGUGGCACAAUCAUUUGAAUCCGAAUAUUAAGAAGGAUGCUUGGACUUUGGAGGAAGAACUUACUCUACUGAGUGCUCAUCGGACUCAUGGGAAUAAAUGGGCUGAAUUAGCAAAGCUCCUACCUGGAAGGACUGAUAAUGCAAUCAAGAAUCACUGGAAUAGUUCUUUAAAGAAGAAGUUAGAUUUCUAUUUGGCUACUGGGAACCUUCCACCUGUUUCUAAGAAUGUUACGCAAACUGGCUGUAGAGUUGUGAAUAGAGCUUCAAUCGGAGAUCUUGUUUGUGCAAAUAAAGGAACAAAUUCAACCACAUUAGUUUCAUCAGGAGCUACAGAUACAUGUCAAAUUGAAGAUGGGAAGGACAAGCUAGAAACUACUAACGGAGUUCAUGAUAUAGCUGGAUCAGCUACUGAUACCGGGAAUGAGAUUGCCGAUCUUCAAGGUGCUACAUGUGAGCCAAUGCCAUCGGUAGUAGAUCCUAUCCAUUCAUAUACAGAAUGCAAGUUCGAUAGACGUGGAACACAUCGUGUAGUUGAUCCGUACUUGCACGAUGAUAUUCCCUCAUAUGGGACACUAUAUUAUGAGCCACCACAUAUAGAUUCUAAUCUUCCAGAUAUUUCUCGGAUGCACUCUGAAUCAGACAUUAGUCCAAUAAUGUCACCUGUGACUUUCUUCACUCCACCUAGCAUGAAAGGAGAAUAUUUGUUUGCACAAACUCCAGAAUCUAUAUUGAAAAUUGCUGCUAAAAGCUUUCAUAGUACUCCGUCCAUAUUGAGAAGAAGAAAAUGUCGAAGCCCGUUAUCUGCACCGGCAAGUAAAAAUUGCCGAGUAGAUAGGGAAGCAGUUCAGGAAACAUGUCAAUCUACCAGCGAGUAUAAUCAAACGAAUAGUCCAGAGAAUAUCGAGUCACACAAGUUAAGUUUGCAUAGAGAUCUUUCUAGCGAAGGUGACACUGGAUUAUGUAAUGGCAAGUCCUAUAAUUUAUCUCCUCCGUAUCUGUUAAGAUCAGAAAGGACUUCUGUUCUUAAGUCUGUUGAGAAGCAGCUUNGGUUCUUUCUACUUUUUCAUCAACGGAACAGGUGA